GUAUAUACAAUCUACUGCACUCGUGGCUUCACAGGUGCCAGCCGCAUGCCGCUGUUCCGCCCCCUGCCGAGGUCGGUGUCUCGCCCUGCAGCGGCCGCCGACGUCGCUGCCGACGCCUUGUCCGCCCCUGCUCAACACGGCGGUGGUGGCGCCAGCGCUCCCAUUGCGGCACCGGCGGCCGCCACCGGUGGCGCUGCUGGGUCCACCACUGCCGGGCCAGCAGCUGGCUCGGCUGCAGGCGCUGGUGCUGGCGCUGGUGCUGGUGCUACCUGCUGGGGAGUGGGCCACCAGUCAGCCGCCGCUGCCGUCGGGUUGUCAGCACCGCGGCAGGCGGCGGCGGCGGCAGCGGUGGCGUCAGCUUCCUGUGGCCCGGCGGGCGGCACGCAGGCCUCCUGGCCGCCGCCGCCGCAGCAGCUGCACCGGCAGGCGCCUCACGCAGCAGACCCUCAGCACCCACAACAGCACCAGACCUUGAACCACCGGCAGGCGCAGCAGCAACACGAUCAGCCGCCACAGCGGCAGCCGCCGCAGCCGUGGACGGACCGCGCAAAGCAACCGGGCGGGCCGCCUCAAGCCCCGCAGCCGCCAUCUGCACCGGCAGCAGCAGCAGCCGGCAAUGGGGCUGGCGCGACUGCUGACGCCUUCGCACGCCUGACGGGUGGAGGUGGAGGUGGAGGUGGCGGCUACGCCGGCGGCAGCAGGCUGCAGGCGUCCCGCCGGACCGGCGCCGGCGGCGCCAGCGGAGGUGGCCGUGGCAGUAGCAGCAACGUGAGCAGCCCCAGCAGCAGCCCCAGCAGCACCGGCGGCCGUGUGGGGUCAUCGUCACAGCCCGGUUCCCAGCCGCGCCAGCAGCGGGGGCCGUCGCAACCCCGGCCGGCGGAUGCGGCGCCGCCUCGCCCGCCGCCGCCAGCGCCCACGGUGGCUCCGGCGCUGGCCAAGGACGCGGCGUGCCCGGUGUGCGGGCAGCAGUUCGGGCCGCGCACUACCAAUGCGGAGUACAACGCGCACGUAGAUGCUUGCCUGCGUUGGUGAGAUCCAUCCAUGCAUAUGCCGAUGGGGUCGGACUACUGUCCAUGCGAUGGUCACGGGGGGAGUGCCAGUGCAUUCCGGCAGGGGUGUGUUGGAUUGGCGGGUCGUAAUUGAGGGAGCCUGAGCCAGCAGGUCGCAUGCGUGCUGCUGGCCCGAUUUUGCAAAUGUACGAUAACGUUGCGGUAAUAGAGGUGACGGGUUGGCUGGGGCUUGCUGCCUACGAGGAGCCCAGCGUGUGCAGGAUGCUGCUGCUGCAGGAUGAUGCUAAUGGCCAGGCAGCCAGGGGCUGUCUGAAGGGGCUGUUUAAGAAUCGUGAAGGGGCUUCGACAAACAUUGCGUCCCGCAAGCUGCGGACUGCGUGUGUUGCUACCCGUGUCAGACAGCAUGGGCAAGCAUGUAACAUCCUGAGAUG